AUGGAGAUAUUCAUGCGUAACAUCGACUGGAACUUCACGAAGACUCAAGUCAUCGAUGAGCUCGCCACCAUCCUCCAUACCCACCCCUUCACACGCCAUUCGCCUUCGAUUAACUUUCAUGUCUACCUUCACCCAGAUAAGAAAGGGGGCAUACACAACCAUGGUGGAACAGGGACUCUGACCUUGCCGACGGCUGAAGUGGGGAGAGAUUUCUUAAACAUAUAUGGAUCAGAACGACCUAGCGUCAGGCUUUUUAUUGGGACCAAGCCAAUUACAUUUUCCCUCAGCAAGCGCCCUGAAGGACGCGCAGAUGUCCUAACUUCCAUCAGGUCGCGGCCCUAUGUCAAUCCACGGGCAGUCGAGACAAGAGGGCAGCGCACUGCACACCGGGACGAUGACGACGUCCGCGUCAAUAAACUUCAAUUCGGAUGGGAAUGCAGGGACCAGGUCUUUUCCAUUGAAUGCGAAGACUCUUGUGAAGGGGGAUGCACGCUCGCCUUUAGCAAGGAUCAAAGACACCUCCGAAUCGCCCUUCUCUACCAGUCGGAGACAUAUUUUGUCGUCAUACCUUUUUCUCACAUCGGGUUCAUGACAGCCCACACGUAUCUUCAAGACGAAUAUGCAAUCGUUUUCAGUCUAAACAAUCCGCCCACUUACGAACUUUACCGUCCUCCUACUCCUCGACAGCGACUAUCAUUCCUUCCCAUUCCUGACCAUGAGCGUGUUGCCCCUUAUGCUUCUCUCGCCAUCCGCCUUGUCUGUCGUUCCACCGCUGAUUUAGCUCAGUUUCGACGCUUAUGCAACCAAGCGCAUCUUCGCAAACCCACUGACGAUGAAUACCCCACUGCUAAGCGGGACUUGUUUUCUUCAUUCGCCCUCGAACAACUGCAGACCUAUCUUCGCCAAUUCAACUGGUGUAUUUCGUUCCAGAUCGAAUCAAUCAUGCGUCAAAUGGCGGUCGACACCAGGGAGAUGCUUAGCCUGAUACCCUAUAUCAUUCAGGCUACUAGGUCUAAAGGGAGAACAUUUGCGGCUUCCCUCCUUCGAAAGUUCAAAGACCGAGUCCGCAUCAUGUUCAUUGAUGACGAUGGUGGUGAUGUCGUGAGGUGCUUCCUCGAGACCCAAGAAGAUCUCGAGAAGGAGGGUGUUCUCGAGCCCUUGCAGCCCAGUGAUGGCAGUCUUUGCCAAUCGUACCAUGUCAAUAUAACACCGACGACAAUGUUUCUAGAUGGCCCAUUUCCAGAGCGUUCCAAUCGUGUCAUCCGUGCGUAUGAGGUGAAGCACCAGGAAUCUUUCCUCCGAGUCAGCUUCUUGGAUGAAGCGAAAUUGCAAUAUCGGUUCGACAGAGAAGUGGACGGCCCAGGGUUUGUCCGCUCUCGGGUGGGUCCAUUUCUGAAGAACGGAUUGACCAUCGCACGUCGUACCUUCCAUUUCUUGGCAUAUUCUCAAUCAGCGCUAAAAGAGCAUGCAGUUUGGUUUGUCAAACCAUUUAGGGACAGAGAACACGGAUUUGUCGAUGCUGCUACCAUCAUACGCAGUAUCGGCAAAUUCGACGGGCUUUCCUUCGACAGGAGACUGAUGUAUUGUCCCGCACGUUAUGCUGCUCGCAUAUCGCAGGCUUUCACGGCUACGGAUGCUGUUAGCGUCGAAGUCGAAGAGAUUUUCCAGAAAGACGACAUCGCCACUCCUGACAAUAAGUACCAGUUUACAGAUGGCGUUGGUACCCUUUCAAAGAACCUGGCUCGUGAGAUAUGGACUCAACUCAAAGCCACGAAACGUCGCGGACGCUUGCAGAAACGGCCGCCAUCCGCCUAUCAAAUUCGAUUCAUGGGUUCUAAGGGCAUGCUCUCUGUGGACCACAGUCUCAGCGGCUAUGCCAUAUGUCUCCGGCCUUCGAUGAUCAAAUUCGAGACUCCAGAGUCUACCACUCAAGAUAUAGAAAUUGCUCGUGCUUUCGAUAGGCCAGGAUUGUACUUUCUCAAUCGUCCUCUCAUCAUGCUUCUUGAAGGGCUCGGGGUUCCUUACCAAGUUUUCGAGCAUUAUCAAGAUAGGGCUGUUGAAGAAACUAGGAGAGCUGCACAGUCGCUUCAGCAAGCUGCAGGACUUCUCGACAGUCAUGGUCUCGGUGCUUCUUACAGGCUGCCUUCGAUUAUACUCAGCCUUGAGAAACUCGGCAUCACAAGCCUCCCAGGAAACACCUUUUACGAAAAGAUGCUGGAAUAUGCCGUCAAUCACGUCCUGCGUAUGCUAAAAAACCACGCGCGUAUCCCUAUUCCGAAAGCGUGGACAUUAGUGGGAGUCGCAGAUGUCCAUCGUCACCUCAAGCCAAAUGAAAUAUUCGCAUGCAUAAAGCCGAUCAGAGGUGGAACGAAGUAUCUGCAGGGUCCCGUCUUGAUAUCAAGAUCUCCGACCAUUCAUCCAGGGGACGUUACGAUCGUCCACGCCAUUGGAAGGCCACCGCCCACAUCACCCUUUGCUGUAGAACCUUUACCAAACACCGUGGUUUUUAGCGUUCUGGGAGAUCGCCCGGUUCCCUCAUGUCUCGGAGGCGGUGACCUAGAUGGAGAUGUCUACAACUUGAUACCUCUAGAGGAACUGCCAGAAUUCACGCCUGAGAACCUAUACAGCCCCGCAAGUUACGACCCUGCUCCCAAAAAACUGCUGGACCACCCGAGCACGAUGGAAGAUGUUGCUGACUUUGUAAUCGAUUAUAUCAACUCCGAUGUCCUUGGACUCGUUGCCAUCAACUGGUUAAUUAUUGCAGAUCAAAGUGAGCAGGGAAUACGCGAUCCUGCCUGCCUGACGCUGGCAAGUCUGCACAGCGAUGCUGUCGAUUAUCCAAAGUUCGGACAACCCGUGGAGCUGAGGGCCAUACCUAAAUUGAAGCGUAAACAGAAACCCGAUUGGAAUGCACCAGAGACUAUAAACCCUUCAUCUUCUGGCAACUACUAUGAAAGUCAGCGAGCGAUAGGACGACUAUUUCGCGCCAUUGAUUUGCCGAUCGAACAGGAGAAAAAUCGCAACCAGCCUAGGCGACGAAACCGACAACGUCAAAACCGCGACAAAGUGAAUCAAUUCAUCGACACUGACGUCGCUUGGCCAAGCGACGACAGUGACGAAAGCGACGAAAAAUCUGCCAUUGUACAAUUAUUCAGUCGGUACACGUCGGAUUUUCAUGCGAUCUGCAUGAGUUUCACACUUUCCCAUUCUCGCACUGCCCGGCUCUCUGAAGAAGAGGCUAUCAUAGGCACUAUCGCUCAGAAAACCUCUCAGCCACGAAGGCGCAAGGACAUGAUGUCGCAGCUUAGAGAGAGAACAGAUGUGCUAGUCCGCGCCAUCCGUGAGGAUCUGGCUGGGGACGACACUCUCAGCCACCACCAGUCUCUUCAACGCGCGUGGAUCGCAUGGGAACUUGCGAAGGCGAAAGAAACGACUUUUGGGGCACAGAGCUUUGGUUGGGUGGCACUGGGAUCUAUUUUUGAAGCAAUUCGAGAGAUCGAGGGAGAGGACAACCUAGAGUAG